CACAGACAUACAUUCGUAUGUAUGGAUGUAUGUAUGUACAUACAUGUGUACAUACUUUGUAGUACUUGCGAAACACUUUGCUACGCCUGAACAAAAGAACUGAGGCAAUAAAAGGAAUAAUGCUUAAGCUGUUCGUACUGCAAAUAAUAACAAUAUGUCUAUUAUUAACGAAUGUUUAUUCAGGUGUGCCAAUAGGAACUGGUGGACCAUCGCUGAUAUACGAGAACAAAGACGCUCUGCUAACAUGCGUAGUGUCUGACAAUUCGGGCAAUAAUACCGUGAUAUGGAAGAAGGGUGACGAAAUAUUAACGGCAGGCACUGUGAGGGUAACAAAGGAUCAUCGUGUCCGAGUUUUGCAUGAUGAAAAUCCCAAGGGACGUAAUUUGGAAACGGGUGGAGAGGUGUGGGUGUUAUUGAUCAAGACGCUGAAGGCAAGUGAUUCCGGUGCCUAUAUCUGUGAGUUAAACUCUGAUCCCGUAUUGCGAAGCAUUCACAUAUUGACAGUUAAGGAGCUUCCCGGUGCUCAAAGCAAUAACACAGAUGCCGCAACGUCUGAAUCUAGUGAUGUAUUCCUCUUACCACCGCCCCUCAACGCGCAGGACAACCGCAGCUUCUGGCGACCAAGUCAAACUCCGCCGCAGCUUACCCAUGAUUUCACCGAGUGCUGUGAGCGUGCCAAUGUCUCCUCCCAGUGCAUGGGCUUUUGCAAUGUACACAAUAUUCUGGACGGUACCACGGGCAUCGAUCCCGAGGCCUGCGAAAGGGACUUUCCGAGCAUAGUGCGAUGCAUGGCCGAUGGCCGUAAUCAUGUGCCAUGCUGUGUGGAGAAACAAAUACCGGAUCUGUGCCAGGAUAUGUGUCGCGGUGAAUACACACCAUUCACCGACAAGCUGAAGACUCGAGUCUCCUGUGUGCAGCACACUCUUAGUGGACUCCAGUGUAUUCUCAAGGGAGUGCAGCUAAUACCCAGCACACCCAAUAUAGUGAUGAUUGACGAUGUGCGAGAGACUAGCGUGCGGAUUAGCUGGGCACCACCAGUAAAACUACCCGAAGAGGUCUUACACUAUGUGGUGAACCUCACGGUAUUGCACAGCUUCGACGAGGAUGAGGUGAGCGGUGAGGUCAGACAUCUAAUACCAGAUGCAAGCGGCAAGCAAUCGAAUGAGAAAGAUGAACAAAUAUUGCUUUACAAUGUGCCGGCAAAUAAAACAUUUCUCAUCGUCGACAAUCUCAUCCCGCUGAACAUGUACGCUGUCACCAUAACGGCUGUCAAUGAGUAUGGCUCAAGUUUGCCCAACGAGCGUCUGCGUUUCUUUACCCAUACGAGUGCUUCGGUGUCCGAGUCCCACGAGGGUAGUUCCGACAAGCAGGUGAUGCCCUCGUUGCCCGACAUACGAAGUUGCUGUGAAUCGAGUGGGAUGACGCAUCGGCUGUGCUUGGAUAAGAUGUGUGAUCCGCAGAAGACGGACCUGGCCACACUGCCGGACCUGAUGGUCUGUGCACCCUGGUCGAACAUCACCUUCACAUGCUUGGCAAAUAAUAUUGAUCAUACGCCCUGUUGUCGUGCCCGUGGCAUACCCUCGGCUUGUUUCCCCAUCUGUGCGGGGAAGCUGACCUCCCUGGACUUCAGUUUGUUUAAAUGCUUGCGUUUCAUGUCCGAGUACAGUAGUUGCCUGUUUCAAGGCUAUGGUGUCCUAGCUGAUCCUCCAUCGAAGCUCCGAACUGUGGCAAAAACGGACAAUUUUGUCAUUUUGGAUUGGAAUAACCCCAAGCGUCUCGCAGAUACUGUGACCACAUAUCAUGUCAAGUUCCGUCGUCUUGGCGUUGGCGAUGACUAUCUGACUGUGGAGAAGCGUCAGCCGCCACUCAUCCUUGAAGGCCUGGAGCCGGACAUCUAUUACGAAUUCUAUGUGGUAUCAAUUAAUGCCUAUGGAAAGAGCGAGCCAUCUCCACGACUGAUUAGUCGAACGCUGCCCAUUGAGGCGACCACAGGGACCACAACCAAAUACAACAUGACGACGUGUUGCAAGGCAUCUGGAUUGCUGCCACAAUGUGCUCCACUCUGCACAUACAACAUACGAUUGUCGGACAUCGAGCAUCUCGGUCCGGCGUGCCGUGCCCAAAUGCCCAUAUUGGCACGCUGUGCUGCCGGUGGACGUGACCAUAGCCCGUGUUGCAAUAGACGGAGUGUAAUAAACGCAUGCAUGCCACUUUGCCGUGGCGUCAUGCCACUUACAUUGACCACCAAAUCGACAACAGCAGCGGCAGCAGCUGCGUCAUCUGCAGCAGCAACUAUAAGCGGUGGCAUGACGUCCUCAUCGACAUUGCCAACCAAUGUGCCCGAUUGCUUAUCAUAUGCUGGCAAUAUUUUGCAGUGCUUUGAGGAAGGCACAAUUAAUAUACCAGGACCACCCGAAGAUGUGCACGCCACAUCCGUUACUGGUACGAGCAUAAGCGUUGCAUGGACCCCACCCAAUGGUGAUAACAAUCAAGCCUCUCCAUCUGCCAUACCCACUGACAUGACAACUGGCGAUGAAUUGGCUGCGGCAGAAGGAGUUGUUGCUGGUGAUGUUGCAACCGUUUCUGAAUCGUCAUCGUCUGUGCCACAGUUGCACUCUACAAGUGUGUCUGAUGCUGAUAAAGCUAAUGAUAGAAUUGAAUUUGUCGUUCAAUAUGGCCGAGUCAAUAACAUGACCAUGUACGAGACAGUUGCCAAAUUGGAAUAUGAAUUGACCACCAAUGACACCAGUAUCGAUUUGACAAAUUUGGAAGAGAAUGCCUUAUACCGCAUUAUGGUUGUGUCUCGUGGAAAAUUUGGCACAUCGUUGCCGGCGUCCAUGUUGCUGCUGAAUACGACGAGUGCUGGCGAAAAAGCACAAUAUCUAAAUAGUACAUGGGGAGCACCCUCGCCGCCCCAUUCGCUGACCGUACUCACGCACAGUGCCACCUGGAUGCAGGUCACUUGGCAGCCAUCAGAGUAUUCGCAUCCUCACGAGCGCAUUACCUAUAGAGUCUAUCACAAGACAAUGAACUCCGAUGGCUUUACCAAAAUCGAGACGAAAUUAGCCUGGCUACGCAUGACAAAUCUAAAGCCCAGCUCCCAGCAUGUGCUCUAUGUGGAGGCGGUGGGUGAGCGAGCCACAUCCCUGCCCUCAGAGACGCUUGUGGCGUGGACGGAUCCGGCCUUGCCAGCAUUUGUGGAUCCGCCAACAGUGCAUCCGGCUGACAAUAUACCCGAGGGUGGUUCAAUGACAAUUCUGUGUCUGGCCCUGGGCAAUCCGGCGCCCACAAUAUCCCUGUACGUUGGUGGCCAUCUGGUGCGACAGGAUACCUCGCGGCAUAUGGUGACGGUGAUACAUAAUGUCUCUGCGGAUAUGGAGCACGUAUCGUGCUAUGCGGACAACGGAUAUGGUGUACCCAUGCAGGCGACCAGACGCGUCAAUAUCUGCUAUCCACCGAAAAUUCAAGCGGCUGGCAUAACGGUCGCUUCAGUCGGCGAUGAGGUUGAGUUGAAGUGCAUGGUGGACUCCAAACCGCCACCCAAGACCAUUUUCUGGCGGGAUCACGACGGACGCGUGCCGGUGCCGCAAGGUGGCAACUACUAUGUUUCCGUAACGAAUGUCUCCACGAUCUAUACAAUGUCGCUGCGGAUUAGUAAGCUGCAAGCGAACGAUGUGGGUGACUAUUUCUGCCAUGCUGAGAAUCCAUUCGGUUCAUCGACGACACCGGUCUCGGUGCGUAUACGCAACACUCCGAAUCUAAGCCGCAAUGUCUCGCAAUGUUGUGCGGAGCAGAAUGUGUCGAUGACUUGUCGCGAUGCCUGCACUUAUUACGUGGACUUCGAUGCCAUUGACAAUCGACCCGAGUGCAUUGUCGACUUUGAUAAGUUGAUGAAGUGUGCGGCGGAUGGAUCCGAUCAUCGUUCCUGUUGCGCCGAUGAGCAAGUGCCGCGUAAAUGCUUAAAUUGGUGUCGCGGUGAAUCGGUGCGCUCAAAGGAGAUCUGUAGUCUGCAGUAUGCCCGGACAAUCAUCGGUUGCUUUGAGAAGAACCGUGAUCGAUUGCCCGGCCCGCCCGAGAAUAUUGUGGUGAACGUGAUGUCGGACAGCGAGGUGAACAUUAAAUGGGAUGCUCCAACAAAGAAUCCAAAUGCCGUCGACGGCUAUAGAAUAUAUUACCAUGAGGCCGCCAUACUGCCGCCAUCGUCGACGGCGCAGCCAAACGAAUCUUCGAUGGACCCGGCUAUGGAUACACAAGCCACUAUGAAUAAUGCAACAAGUAUGGGCAACAUCCACAACAGUAACAACAAUAAUAACAUCGGCGCACUGGAGAUUCAACGCAUCGACGUAAAGGACACAACAAUAAGCAUUAAUGGCCUGAAGAAGGACGUGCUAUACGAGCUGGUUGUAAAAGCUGGCAACACAUACGGUGCCAGUGUACUUACCGAUCCGAUUAGAUUCACUCUGGGCGACCAGCAUGUGACCUCAGCGACCAGCAGUUACUCCAGUGCCGUCGGCACAAUCAGCGGCAUUGUGGCAAGCAUUCUGGCCAUACUCUUGGCGGCAGCGGCUAUUGUGUUCUAUCGCCGCCAUCGCUGUCAACAUGGCAAGGCUCUCAAUGGCAAUGUGGCUUUCGAGAAUCCAACGUAUACCCGUGGUCUGGAGCAGGUACAGCUACCUACUGUGACGUCGGCUAUCACAACACAGAAUGGCAACAAUCACACGCUUGGCAGCAGCAGCAGCACUGGCAGCUGUGUCGGGGCACAGAAUGGCAGCAAUAGCCACAAUCACAAUGGCAUUGCAGCCACAAUGACGACAUCCACAUCGACGACAGCAGCAGCGACAGGGCCAGACACGGGGACCACAGUAACAGUCACCGGGAAUGGCAGCCGGCAACAGCAUCAGCAUCAGCAUCAGCAUCAUCGAAAUGGGCAUCGCGGUCCCACGGAUGCCUCGCAUCAUUUUCACAACCCGCUUAGCAACACGCAGUGCAAUGAAGUAAAUCCCUCAAUUUAUGAAGAGCUCAAACUUGGCCAAGAAGGUGCUGGAUUUAAGAAACUUGUGCCAUAAAUGUUAAGCGCUCGCACAACGCCUACAAAGAACCGAAAACCGAAAACAUCAACAUCUCAAGUUUAGCUAGUUAACUUAUGUACAUACAUAUACAUAUGUACAUGCAUACAGACAUACAUACAUACAAUACAUAUGUAAGAGUUUGCACACACACAUAUAUAUAUAUAUAUAUAUAUAUAUAUAUAUAUAUAUAUAUGAGUGUGUGUGUGUUUGUGUGUGUGUGUGUACACAUACUCUUACAUUCAAUGUAGACGUAUAUGAAAUCUGCAAAAUGUAGACAUAGGAAGUGUAAACAGCGCGAAGCGCAUCCACAAUAGCAACACACACAACCGUACUCGCAUUCACACACAUACACACACACAGAGAUACACACACAUGCAACAUCUUUGCAGAAUGCAUUGCGAGAAAUAUUUGGGGUAGUGUUGUGUAGACAAUGAUUGCUAAUAAAUAUAUAUUCGGGUUAGUGUAAAGUAAUAAAUCUGUAGUAUGUAACUGUGAUUGAAAAUUAUGUAAAAUAAAUUUAAUUGGUAACGAACAAAAUAUUGCUUCACCUAUACCAUUAUA